UCGAUUCUCUCGGUCCCGACCUCCCAUCACCCCACGAGGGCACGAACCCUUUAGUUCCCCGUCAUAAUCUUCCCCAAUUCGUAACUGAGGCAAAAAUCAAGGUAGGGCGGCCGCCCUACCUUGCCCUACCGGGUCCUCCGUCCGUGAGAUAUAUGAAUCCAUUUGUUUGGAGAAGAGGAAAAGCAGAGAAGCUUCUGUCUCUGCCUGUGUUGGAAGAGUGCUUCUGUGCGUGCAGACAGCUCCCUGCCUCCAUGGCGUCUUCGAAGAAGGUGGUGACACGUGACGAGUGGGAGCGUAAACUACGUGACGUCAAGAUCCGCAAGGAGGACAUGAACCGCCUUGUCAUGAAUUUCCUUGUAACCGAGGGCUUUGUCGACGCUGCUGACAAGUUCCGCAUCGAGUCUGGCACCCAACCGGACAUUGACCUGGCGACCAUCACAGAUCGGAUGGAGGUGAAAAAAGCAGUUCAAUCAGGGAAUGUUCAGGAGGCUAUCGAGAAGAUCAACGAUCUUAACCCCACGAUUCUGGAUACAAAUCCCCAAUUAUACUUCCAUCUACAGCAACAAAAGCUGAUAGAGUUGAUUCGUGUGGGGAAAAUAAAUGAAGCUUUGGAGUUUGCUCAAGAAGAACUUGCACCAAGAGGCGAAGAAAAUCAAGCCUUUCUCGAGGAAAUAGAGAAAACUGUAGCACUUUUAGUUUUUGAAGAUGUAAAAAACUGCCCAUAUGGGGAACUGUUGGACGUUUCUCAACGCUUAAAGACGGCAAGUGAAGUUAAUGCUGCCAUUCUUACAAGCCAAAGUCAUGAGAAAGAUCCAAAACUCCCUAGCCUGUUGAAGAUGUUGAUUUGGACUCAAAACCAGCUGCAUGAAAAGGCAGCAUAUCCGCGAAUCAGUAACUUCUCUACUGCCGCACUAGAAGAUCCAGCUAUAUGAGCUGCUGCCGAGGUGUUACUUGUUCGUUACCCGCAGGCUGUCAUCAGUGUUCGCAGAAAACUGGCAUCACAAAUUUUCGCUCUCCCGUGUUGUAUAUGAUGAAUGUAGUGGAUGUUCUCGGCACAUUUUACUCUGAAAAAUGUUUCGCUUGAUUUUCGACUGUCAAUUUCAUACAGCUAUUGUCAAACUUGUGGCGCUUUUGUUCAGAAAAAGAUUAUUUGAGUCAAAUUUUAGAUCUUAAA